AGCCAACUCUAACCCACAGAUAUACAAGAAGGCCAUUUUCUCAAACAAGAGUCGCCCUUUAACAAAAUUACCAUGGUUGACACGGAGAUGCCAUUUUGGCCCACCAACUUUGGAAUCAGCUCUGUGGAUCUUUCUGUAAUGGAUGACCACUCCCACUCCUUUGACAUCAAGCCCUUCACUACUGUUGAUUUCUCCAGCAUUUCUACUUCACACUAUGAAGACAUUCCAUUCGCAAGAGCUGAUCCAAUGGUUGCUGAUUAUAAGUAUGAUCUGAAGCUUCAAGAGUACCAAAGUGCAAUCAAAGUAGAGCCUGCAUCCCCACCCUAUUAUUCUGAAAAGGCCCAGCUGUACAGUAAGCCUCAUGAAGAGCCUUCCAACUCCCUCAUGGCAAUUGAAUGCCGUGUCUGUGGAGAUAAAGCUUCGGGGUUUCACUAUGGAGUUCAUGCUUGUGAAGGAUGCAAGGGUUUCUUCCGGAGGACAAUCAGAUUGAAGCUUAUUUAUGAUAGGUGUGAUCUUAACUGUCGGAUCCACAAAAAAAGUAGAAAUAAAUGUCAGUACUGUCGGUUUCAGAAGUGCCUUGCUGUGGGGAUGUCUCAUAACGCCAUCAGGUUUGGGCGGAUGCCACAGGCUGAGAAGGAGAAGCUGUUGGCAGAGAUCUCCAGUGAUAUUGACCAGCUGAACCCAGAGUCUGCUGAUCUCCGGGCCCUGGCAAAACAUUUGUAUGACUCAUACAUCAAGUCCUUCCCGCUGACCAAAGCGAAGGCGAGGGCGAUCUUGACAGGAAAGACAACAGACAAAUCGCCAUUUGUUAUCUAUGACAUGAAUUCCUUAAUGAUGGGAGAAGAUAAAAUCAAGUUCAAACACAUCACCCCCCUGCAGGAGCAGAGCAAAGAGGUGGCCAUCCGCAUCUUUCAGGGGUGUCAGUUUCGCUCAGUGGAAGCUGUGCAAGAGAUCACAGAGUAUGCCAAAAGUAUUCCUGGCUUCGUAAACCUUGACUUGAAUGACCAAGUGACUCUCCUAAAAUAUGGCGUCCAUGAGAUCAUUUACACGAUGCUGGCCUCCUUGAUGAAUAAAGAUGGGGUUCUCAUAUCAGAGGGCCAAGGAUUCAUGACAAGGGAGUUUCUAAAGAGCCUGAGAAAGCCCUUUAGUGACUUUAUGGAGCCCAAGUUUGAGUUCGCUGUGAAGUUCAAUGCACUGGAAUUAGAUGACAACGACUUGGCAAUAUUUAUAGCUGUCAUUAUUCUCAGUGGAGACCGCCCAGGCUUGUUGAAUGUGAAGCCCAUUGAGGACAUACAAGACAACUUGCUGCAAGCCUUGGAGCUCCAGCUCAAGCUGAACCACCCUGAGUCUUCUCAGCUCUUCGCCAAGCUGCUCCAGAAAAUGACAGACCUCAGACAGAUUGUAACGGAACAUGUGCAGCUAUUGCAAGUCAUAAAGAAAACAGAGACAGACAUGAGUCUUCACCCACUCCUACAGGAAAUAUACAAGGACUUGUAUUAGCAGAGAAGUCCUCCUUCACUGACAACGUUCCUCCUCCAGUUGCACUAUUAUUUUGAGGGAAAAUCUGACACCUAAAAAAUUUACUGUGAAAAAGCAUUUUAAAAAGAAAAGGUUUUAGAAUAAUAGAUCUAUUUUAUGCAUAUUGUUUAUAAAGAUACAUUUACAAUUUACUUUUAAUAUUAAAAAUUGCCACACUAUGAAAUUGCUGGUUGUAUUUGAAGACUGAGUCUGAUGUGUUCCCCACCCUACCCCCUGGGCUUUUUUUCCUUUCAUUUCCUUCUCAUUCUUUCCUCUCUUCCUUCCUUCCUUUGCUUUUCUUUCUUCUUUA